CUUGACAAACGCCGACGUAGCGAUCAUUCUUGACGCUUCCACUAGUGUAACUUACAAAAACUUUAAGAAAAUGCGACAGUUUGCUAAAGAUAUCGUCGAUAAAGCGGAUGUAGAUAGCGGAAGCGUACGAAUAGGGGCUUUGGUAUAUAGUACGGUGGUACAAACCCAGUUCUAUCUCGACGAUUAUGCCACAAAAGACGACAUUAAAGCAGCAAUUGAUAAAUUUCCUUACAUCUAUGGAAGUACAAACACUGCUGGUGCCCUUAAAGAGAUGCGUGAGAAACUGUUUGAUCAACAACGAGGUGACAGGAGGGGUGUAGAUAAUGUAGCCUUCAUCGUAACAGAUGGUACAUCAAACGCUAACAGAAGAACUAUUCCCGAGGCCAGGAAAGUGAGGGCAAAAGGAAUAAAGGUUUAUGCAAUCGGUAUCGGUUUGAAGUAUACUACAGAGUUGGAAGACAUGGCAUACGAAAAUAAAACAGAUUAUGUAUUUCCUGUUAAGACAUUUGAUGAAUUGGCUAAUUUGACUGAAACUAUAUUUGGUGGCGACGAAGAGUGUGACCGAGAUUUUCCACCGGUUGCAAAUUCUGGCGAUGAUGUAGAGAUCAUGCUACCGAUAGAUAAGGUUACAUUAAAUCGUAAUAAGUCCAGUGAUGACAUACAAAUUGUUGCUUAUCCAUGGGAAGUUGUCUCCGGAGAUUCCAUACAGCUCGCCGAUGAAGAAUCUGUCACUCCUACAGCAAUGGGCCUUAACGCUGGAACAUACACGCUUAUACUCACUGUCUUUGAUGAACUAGAUCAAUAUGAUGAGGAUGAAGUUAAUAUCAACAAAGUGACUGACGCUUGUGAUGACGUCACCAUAAAACUACCGACUGAGGAGGAAACUUUAGAUGGAAUGCUCCUACACAUUAACUGUUGUUAA